AUGGAGCAGCCGGCUGCGAUUGCUACUGCCGCGGACGCGGAUUUGGAGAAGGAUGCACGGGGAGGUGCUCUUCCAGGUGAAACUCUCGCUGCGGGCGAAAUCACUGGGAAACGCAAGGCAAUCAUCUUCUUCGCGCUCUGCCUCACAAUCUUCCUUUCCGCCCUUGACCAAACAAUCGUAACAACCGCCCUCCCGAAAAUCUCCGCAGACUUCAAUUCCGACACUGGAUACGCAUGGGUUGGAACAUCAUUCCUCCUCGCUUCUACAGCAUUGGUUCCGUUCUAUGGUAAGGCGAGUGAUAUCUGGGGAAGGAAACCAGUCUUGUUUAUUGCGAUUGGAUUGUUUUUGUUGGGGAGUGCGCUUUGUGGAGCGGCGCAGACGAUGAACUGGUUGAUUGGAGCACGUGUCGUUCAAGGUGCGGGAUCUGGCGGUAUUCUGUCCCUCUGUAACAUUAUCGUCUCGGAUCUCGUUACGCUUCGUGAGCGUGGAAAGUAUGUUGGGUUCAUCGGUGCGACGUGGGCUGUUGCGUCCGCGGUGGGCCCGUUGUUGGGAGGCGCGUUUACGGAUUACGUUACGUGGAGAUGGAAUUUCUUCAUUAACUUGCCGACUGGAGCGGCGGCUGUGGUGUUGCUUUUCGUGUUUUUACACCUCAACAACCCCCGCACCCCCUGGCGUCAAAAGAUCCCUCGUAUCGAUUUCUUGGGUGUCACCCUCAUCAUCGGCGCAACUCUUCUCUUCCUACUUGCGCUAAAUUGGGGAGGAUCGCAAUAUCGCUGGGAUUCGGCUGCGGUGUUGUGUUGCUUGAUUAUUAGUGGUGCACUCUUUGUCGCGUUCGGUAUUGCGGAGGUCAAGCUUGCAAAGGAACCUGUCAUGCCGAUGUCGCUGUUUGCACACCAGACAAGGUUGGGAGGGUAUCUUGUUUGUUUGUUUCAUGGGAUGGUGUUUAUGGGUCUCUCAUACUACCUCCCGUUGUACUUCCAGGGUGUUUUGGGGUACUCUGCGAUCAAGUCUGGUGUGAACAUGUUGCCGUUUAUCUUGGUGUUGUGCGUUGUCUCUGCAUUCGCAGGACAAAUCAUCACCAGAUCCGGUCGAUACCAGGAACUCAUCUGGGCCGGUAUCGUCGUCCAAAUCAUCGGUACAGGACUCAUCAUCAACCUCGAUGAAAACUCCUCUCUCGCCAAACGCGUUUUAUACCUCAUGAUUGCCGGCCUCGGCACAGGCCCCAAUUUCCAGAGUAUGCUCAUCGCGAUCCACGCCACGAUCGACAAGAAAGACAUCGCGACAGCUACGGCAACAUACGCAUUCACCCGCUCCCUCGGCGCAACAAUCGGAAUAGCCGUCGGCGGCGUCGUAUUCCAAAACACCCUCACAGCCCGUACCGCACAUCUUCCCCUUGCGUAUCGCAUUUCUGGCGGCGAAGCCGGUGCGGCGGUCGAGUUGAUCCGCAACUACCCUGAGCCGUAUCGGACGGAGGUCGUACAUGCGUUCGCUGAUAGUUUGGAUAAGAUGUGGAUUACGUUUACGGUGCUUGCGGGGGCGGCGUUGGUUAGUAGUGCGUUGAUUGGGAAGCAUCAUUUGCAUAAUCGGAUGAUGACUACGCAGGCGGUUAUUAUGAAGCCCAACAAUCAAGGGGGAGGUCAGGCUCAGAGUCGAAGGGUUAGUGUGGACGGUAGUGUUGAGAAGGUGCAGGAGGAGGCGGCGGGGAAGGUGUGA